CGAGCUCAAGUAUCGCGUGCCUGCAUCGCCAGAGCAACUGGAUAAGAGAGGCCAGCAACCGCCGUCGUCGCGCCAAAAAUGACGAUCGCCGCCGCGGCACACGCUACCACCGCCCGAUUCGCACUGAUUCCAGCUUUGUCACGUGCCUCGAGGUCUAAGCGGUGCACGAUUAGCACAGGCGUGAGGUGCGCAUUGCCACCACAGGCGCAGAGGAUGAUCGAGAGCAGACGAUCGGUUUCUCUAUCACUUGUUUUCCUCCAUUUCUUCUGCCUAUCUAAAGAUGCAUUGGCUGCAAACGCAAUGGAUAAAUAUGUCAAAAAGAAAAGGCUUGAUCCACUAGAGGCUUAUAUACCUGCUGUUAUAUUGACUGAGUUUCAAAUCAAGGAAUUAGGGCAAUAUCUUGAAGACGAUCAACCUCAAUUUCUCAGCUGCCGGAGUCUCUUAAGAUCUGGUCCUGCUUCAUCUUUGCGCGCAAAUAUUCGAGCAGUAGCACAGUAUGCCUCUGAUGCUGGAAACGGCAAAUAUGCAUUCGACGAGGUUGAUCAAUGUUUGAGAGCUCUAGAAGAACUUGAUUCUCUUCUUCUGCGGGCAUCAAGAAAUGAUUCGGGCUCCACAGUCGAAGCAAUGAAAGCAAGAGUUGUUACCGCACUCAAUGCACUGAACAGCCUUCUGAAGACGGUUCCAGCUGAGGUGCUCGACAAGGGAAAGGCAAUGGCAAAUGCAUACAUGAAUCCAAGUGAAGAUACAUCAACUGAAACGCUCGACCCCCAGUUAAAGAAAUUGGAAUCAAUAUUGUAAUCUAUUUUUGAUUUAGCUCUCAAACAUUGAGGUUCCAACUGUUAUACUUAUUGGGGUAUGGAAACCUAUUUCACUCCAAAAAUGUUGUACAGUCUGUUUUAAACUAUUUUCACAUAUAGUAGCAGUAAAAAUCACUGGAAA